CGGGGCGUCUUCCUCAUGCCGUGGGGCAGCCGUGGGGCAGCCGGCGGGGCUCGGAUGCUCGGCGCCGUGCGGGGCCUCUGCGCGCGCCUCGCCGCCCCCCGCCGCCCCCCGAGCGCGCCCUGGGGCACGUGCGGCGGCCUCCGGGCGCCCCUGGGCGCGCGCGCACUGACGGCGGCUCCCCGGGCGCAGCCCUCCUUGGCACCGCGCCUCCUCUGCCGGGCACAGGGACCCGGGCGGGCCGGCGUGCGCACUUGGGCAGCCGCUCCCCCUCUGGCCAUGGCGGCCAAGGUGGACCUCAACACCUCCACCGACUGGAAGGAGGCCAAAGCUUUCCUGAAGGGCCUGAGUGACAAGCAGAGGGAGGAGCAUUAUUUCUGCCGAGACUUUAUCAAGCUGAAGAAGAUCCCGACCUGGAAGGAAGUGGGGAAAGGGGCGGCCGGCAAGGAGGAGGAGCCGCAGUACAAGAAGGACAAGGCCCUGAAUGACAAAAUCUCGCUCUUCCGGGGAGACAUCACCAAGCUGGAGGUGGACGCCAUCGUGAACGCGGCUAACAGCUCCCUGCUCGGAGGCGGCGGUGUGGACGGCUGCAUCCACCGCGCCGCCGGACACCUGCUCACCGAGGAGUGCCGCACCCUGCACAGCUGCGAGACGGGCCAGGCCAAGAUCACCGGGGGCUACCGCCUCCCGGCCAAGUAUGUCAUCCACACCGUGGGGCCCAUCGCUCAGGGAGACCCCAGUCCCAGCCAGGUCCAGGAGCUGCGCAACUGCUACCUUAACAGCCUGCAGCUGGCACUGGAGAACCGCCUGCGAUCAGUGGCCUUCCCGUGCAUCUCCACCGGGGUCUUCGGUUACCCCAAUGAGGCAGCGGCUGAGGUGGUCCUGGGGAGCCUCCGAGAAUGGCUGCAGGACAACAAGGACAAGGUGGACAGACUGAUCAUCUGCGUCUUCCUGGAAAAGGACGAGGAGAUCUACCGCAAGCGGCUGCCUCAUUUCUUCCCUGUGGCCUGAUGCUGCCCCUCCCCUGUCCCCAAGACUGAUGCUCCCCAGGGGCUGCAGUCCCAGCUGUGAAGACAGAGCCCAGCCGCACCCACCCAGGACCCAGCCAUGGGAUGGGGGGCUCACUACUGUUCAAUAAAGGGUUCUGCUCAGGA